ACAGGGAGAAGGUUUUUGCUAUAUAGGUGUUAAGGUCUAUGCUGCGGGACUAUAUAUUAAUGAAUCCAUCUUAUGUGGGUUGAAUUCUGGAAGGGCCUCUCAGCAUCUGAGAUUCAGAAGGAUUCAUCCCUUUUCAAGUCUAUUUUUCAGGUUCCUCUUGAGAAAUCAUUGCAGAUCACCCUGGUACGAGACGUUGAUGGUAAAACUUUUUGGGAUGCUUUAGAUGGAGCCAUCUCCCCAAGAAUCAAAUCCUCUACACCCAUCGAUGAAUCUGCUUUAUCCAAAGUCCGUGGCAUCUUCCAAGGGAGACCUCUCAAGAAAGGAACUUUAAUAUUUUUGACUUGGCUGGAUGCAUCUAAAAUGCUUGUUUGUGUCUCAUCUGGAGGGUUUCCUUCUGAGGCAGAUGCUACAAUUGAGUCAGCAAAUGUCACUUCUGCUCUCUUUGAUGUAUUUUUCGGAGAUGCUCCUGUUUCUCCUUCCUUGAAAUCCUCGGUUGCUGAUCAGCUAGCAAAAAUUCUCCAGUAAACGAUUCCACAUGUUAUUUUCUCCACUUGUCAUUACUUUGAUUCCUUUUUUCUUUAAAGCAUAUUGAUGUUAGCUGCUAUAAAACCUGGUAUUGCAUUUUCUUGGAGGUCUAUAUAGACAACUGUCACUAUAAACUCGAAAAGAAAAUACAUCAACAGGCAUGAAUUUUUUA